AUGUCACCAACAAAUGAUAGUAUUGCUGCAACCGCCACUGCAAUUACUCAUAGUAUGAGCUUAUUUUACCAAUAUUGCAGCAUAAUAUACUUGAUUCUUGGUAUUGCGGGUCACUCAUUAAGUAUUUAUGUGUUCACCCGUGGACAACUUCGUCGAAAUCCAUGUGCUCGCUACUUUUUGGCAAUGAGUAUAGCUGGUUAUUUUGUUGUUUGUGGCAAUAUACCGUUACGACUUCUUCAAAUUUCCUACGGGAUCGAUGUAUUCACUGUUUCACUUCCACUUUGUCGAUUUUUAUCGUAUCUUCUCGUUUGUACCAGAACUCUUCCUUCAUGGUUUGUUGCCUUGUCAUGCAUCGAUCGAUUUCUUUGCAGUUCACCAUCAGUAAAAUUUCGUGGAUGGAGUAGCAUUCGUGUUGCUUCGCGUGUCAUUUCACUUACAGUGCUGGUUAUUACUAUCAUUUAUAUUCAUAUGCCAUUUUACAUCACGAUUACUCAGCCGCAAAAUAACUGUAACAUCGCAUCAGCAUCGUAUUCUGCGUUUUUUAGCAUGUGGAAUUUAGUUUUCUGGAGUUGGAUUCCAAGCUUCUCUAUGCUUAUUUUCAGUGUUCUCGCCGUUCGACAUGUUCAUCAGGCAAAAAGACGGUUGGUACCUGCAAAUAAUCCGAAUGAAGUUCAAAACCUAACAAAAAAGAUAGAUCGACAGUUGAUUCGAAUGACGCUUGUUCAAUCUCUUGUGUUUGGCUUGACAACAACUAUCAAUUCCCUAGUUAAUCUUUAUUACGCACAAACAUCAAGCGCAACAGAUGAUGCUAUUAAACGUGCUAUAAAAAGCUAUGUAGUCAAUGCAUCCACUUAUAUAGCUCUUAUUGGCCCAUGUCUGGCAUUCUAUCUAUUCACAUUGUCGAGCCAAUUGUUCCGCCAAGAGCUAUUGAAGUUAUUUCGUUAUCUGAUUUGUCGACAAGCAGUACCAACUGAAAGGGACACAAAUGGAAGCAUUCCGCAGAGAAUCUAA